CAUAGAUAAGAUAAGAAACAAAGGGACCAAACAAUAGUUGUUGUUUAUGAAUACUCUGUGCAACCGUGAAACAUACUCUCUUCGAGCUUGUGUGAUGAUAAUCGAGCUAGUUUGACGCAGUGAUUAUGAAAUCGACCGGUGAACUUCUGACUGCUCUGCGGCAAUUGAUGAAAAACUUGCCGAACAACCUAGGCACGAUCAGUGCAUAUAUCAUCCCAUCGACUGAUGCUCACCAGAGUGAAUAUCUGGCUGCACACGACGAACGGUGUGCGUUCGUGUCCGGAUUCGAUGGAAGCGCUGGCACCGCCGUAGUAACCGAAACGGAAGCUUUGUUAUGGACGGAUGGACGUUACUAUCAGCAAGCUGGUAAACAACUCGACACCAAUUGGAAGCUGAUGAAAGACGGACUGCCAAGUACACCGGCGAUUGACGCAUGGCUGGCUAAAAUGCUGCAACCAGGUUCACGGGUCGGCGUAGACGCUAACCUUAUCACAGCAGCCGCGUGGAACCCGCUGCAAACUUCGAUCAAAACAGCCAGCUGCACCCUGCUCGCUGUCACACCCAACCUAGUUGAUUUGAUCUGGAAAGAACAACCACCCGCCCCGCACAACCAGCUUCUACCGCUGGCGACCAUCUUCACGGGGCAUUCGGUGUUUGAGAAGUUGACUGUCGUGCGCGAGAAGAUGGUAGAAAAACGAGCCUCCGUUUUGGUGGUGAGUGCGCUUGAUGAGAUCGCGUGGCUAUUAAAUCUCCGUGGUACCGAUAUAGACUAUAAUCCAGUGUUUUUCGCCUACGUCAUCGUAACACUUGAGGAGCUGCAUCUGUUUAUAGACGAAACGAAGAUCGUGCCAACAAUAUUCGAACAUUUUCGAGAGAAUGGGGUCGAGGUACGGGUACAUGCGUACGAUGACAUGCAUAGGGUACUGCAGCGGUUGGCCGUGGCGAGCCCGCAUCUCGUAUGGGUUAGUUCCGGGUCAAGCUAUGCGCUCACAAUGCUGAUCCCGGAGGAGAAGCGCUUCCAUGAUAUAACUCCUAUUAACUUGAUGAAGGCAGUCAAGAACGCCACGGAGGCGCAGGGCAUGCGUAAUUGUCACAUUCGGGACGGAGUUGCUCUUUGUCAGUACUUUGCUUGGCUGGAGCGUACGAUAGCUGCAGGCACCCCGGUGACCGAGAUUAGCGGUGCGACCGAGCUAGAACGCUGUAGGAGUCGCCAGCAGCAUUAUAAGGGCCUGAGCUUCACCACGAUUAGUGCUUCCGGACCGAAUGGUUCAAUCAUACACUAUCAUCCUCUGCCGGAAACGAACCGACCUAUCAACAACCAAGAGCUCUAUCUUUGUGACUCCGGUGCUCAAUAUCUCGACGGUACAACUGAUGUUACACGAACGGUGCAUUUUGGUAAACCUAGUGAUGAAGAAAUCAGAGCCUUCACGCAUGUCCUUAAGGGACAAAUCGCGCUCAGCACGGCCAUCUUUCCGCGAAGAGUAAAAGGUCAGUUUCUUGACACGAUCGCGCGCAAAGCGCUAUGGGACAUCGGACUCGACUAUAGCCACGGCACUGGUCAUGGUAUUGGCCACUAUCUUAAUGUACAUGAGGGUCCAAUGGGAAUCGGUAUACGACUAAUGCCCAACGACCCCGGUCUGGAGGAGAAUAUGUUUCUUUCAAACGAACCUGGUUAUUACAAAGAUGGCAAAUUUGGCAUCCGGAUCGAAGACAUAAUGCAGGUGACGACAGCUGAUGUCGGAACCAAUUUUGACGGGCGCGGAGCGCUCACCUUUCACACCGUAACGAUGUGUCCGAUCCAAACGCGACUCAUCGACGUCACAUUUCUUACACAACGUGAACGACAACAUCUGAAUAACUAUCAUCGCCGGGUGUAUGAAACACUGGCCCCAUUGCUGCGUGAAAUUGAAGACCAGGAGACACUUGCAUGGCUCGAACGCGAAACAAGAUCAAUUUAAGUAAAUUACGUCUUUAUUAUUUCAUGUCCUGGUGUAUUUAAACAAAGGUGUACCUAGUGUAUUUAAGCGAAGGUAUCGGCCACCAAUUUUCUUACUAUUUUUACUUGAAUAAAAGUAAACGAAAACCGAGCUACACAGCUGGCCAAUGAAAUACUAGGUUGUAUACUAAGUUUUGACGUUCGAUACCAUAGGGCGCUGCUACGAGCCUAACUUUUUUUGCCAUAUUGGUACACUCUUCAUAUGAACGUAUGUGAAGUUUCAUCGAUCACUUAAUAUUUGUUUUACAAGCCAUUUAGUAUCGACAUGUUACACUAUCUUUUACAGCUGUUAUGACGUCAUCAUUUGAUAAAAAACGCUUUCCGCGCGCAAUAUUUUUUUGGUUUGAAAACAAAUGGACGUCGCCCGAGGCCAAAUCUAGUGAAUACCCCAACAAUUCGAACUUUAAUUCAUGGAUUUUUGCCAUUUUCGAAAUGCUCUUCUGACAGGCUGCAUUGCCCUGAUGAAAGAAGAUGUUUUUCUUCUUCAAACCGAUUUUGUUCACGAAUUUUUGCUUUCAGUAGGUCUUAAAGGUUACAACAAUAAAUAAAACUUAUUGUUUUACCAGUUUGCAAGUAAUCCGCUAACAAAAUUUCAUUCGCAUCCCACAAAACUGAUGAUAACAGGCAAUUUCUAGGCGAACUAGUUUCGGAAGCGAAGAACCAGGUUGACACCACUCCUUAGUCUAUUGUUUCGAUUCAGGAUCAUGAAGAUAGACACAAGUCACAUCCACAGUGAUGAUUCAAUGCACAAAAUCCACUUUAUCCUAUCGAAAACGCUUUAAAUGUUGUUAAGAAAGAUGCAUUCGAAUGCGUUUUUAGGGAAUGCUGCACCCAUUUUGCAAACAGCUUUCUCGAACCCAAAACUUCAGUAAAAAUAUUGGUUAUACUGUUCAAUGAGUUGGCUAGGUCUUGUACUUAAUUUCUAUCAGUGAUUGGACGAUUUUCGAAAACGAUAUCCUGUAUUGUUUUACGAUUUCAGGUGUUGUAUCUGUUUUUUGACGUUUUUGACACGGAUCGUCUUGAAGGCUACUACAACCGCGUUUAAACUCAGAAAUUCCCCUUUUAACCACCUAAUCAAAGGUAAAGAGUCCUUCUUCAUACGUCCUUAAAUUUUCAACAUACGUCCUUAAAUUUCCUUUGCUUGUAAACCUUCCAAAAAUAAAAAUUCAAUCACUGCAAGAUGCUUGAUUUUUGCCAUUGUGAAAAAUACUGUGACACGUCGAUACUAAAUGGCUUGUAAUAAAAAAAUUAAGUGACCGAUUGAAAUGAAACUUCACAUACGUUCAUUUGAAGAGUAUAAAAAUAUAACAAAAAAAAUUAGGCUCGUAGCACCGUUCCAUGAUAUCGAGGCUCCGAAUAUAAUGAACAACCUAGUAAUGCAGCUUAAAUACAUUACCUAUUUUAUUGGACAGCUUUGUGUUUGGGCCAUUUUUUUCUAAAAAUCUUUUAAAACGACUUCUCAUUUGCUCAACAGCUUUAGCGUAUAGAAGAUUAAACGAAUUUUGUUUAAUUUUUUGUAAUAUUUUU